GAAGCCACAAAACUACAUCGUUUUCCAAAAUAGCUGACAACAAAUGUAAAAACUCUUAUCAACAUCAAAGGCUGAGGAAACCACAAGCAAAAAAAAAAAAUUAUCAGAGAGGUUAGAGCAAUGGCAGCUAUGAACUGCCUCUUCUUCAAGCUAUCACAUUCACCACAUCUCAAACCCUCAAGGCCUUCUUUUUCCUGCUCCGCCUCUCAACCUUCCCAAAACAACAUAAAGGUAAUCAUAAACGGAGCUGCAAAGGAGAUAGGAAGAGCGGCUGUGGUUGCUGUGACUAAAGCCAGGGGAAUGGAGUUAGCUGGUGCUGUCGACAACCAUUUUCUUGGCGAAGAUAUUGGCUUGCUCUGUGACAUGGAGGAGCCUCUAGAGAUACCAGUAGUGAGUGAUCUAACAAUGGUCUUAGGCUCUAUAUCUCAGGGAAAAGAAGUCGGAGUUGUGAUCGAUUUUACAGACCCAUCAACAGUGUAUGAGAAUGUAAAACAGGCAACGGCAUUUGGAAUGAAGAGUGUGGUGUAUGUACCUCGGAUUAAGCCAGAGACGGUAUCAGCGUUAUCUGCAUUAUGUGACAAGGCCACCAUGGGCUGCCUUGUAGCGCCAACUCUAUCCAUAGGAUCUAUACUUCUCCAACAGGCUGUGAUCAUGGCUGCCUUCCACUACAAUAACGUAGAAAUCGUGGAGUCAAGGCCUAAUGCAAUGGAUCUUCCUUCUCCAGAAGCUACCCAAAUUGCAAACAACAUAUCAAAUCUUGGUCAGAUCUACAACAGAGAAGAUAGUUCAACUGAUGUUCAGGCAAGAGGUCAAGUAAUCGGAGAAGACGGGGUUCGUGUGCACAGUAUGGUUCUACCUGGACUACCAUCUAGUACACAAGUCUACUUCUCAAGUCCAGGAGAUGUUUACACUGUUAAACACGACAUAGUUGACGUAAGGUCCCUAAUGCCUGGACUACUUCUCGCUAUCAGAAAGGUGGUACGCCUCAAGGUAACAAGGAAACAUGCUAGAAUUGGUGUUUUACUUACUGUUAUCUGAUCACUUGUCCUUGUUCUCUUUUUGGUUUUACAGAAUUUGGUUUAUGGCCUCGAGAAAUUCCUGUAGGAACUGAAGUGUUAUGGCUAAUCAUCAAUCAAGAUAUGAGUCAAAUAUUACAUUAUCAUGAACAGCUCAUGUCAUCCUGCAAAGUCACACAUUAAACAAAAUUUAGAAACAGGUUGUUAUGAUCUUUCAUGAUAACACGGAUAUUCAAUUUUAAGGUGAGGAGGACUCUACCAAAUUCAACUGAGAAAACAUUAUCUUAGGGCCUGGCAAUGUUCAAUGCUUUUGGUCUACCAAUAUAUUUUCAUGUUUCGGUACCAACGUAUGUUACAUUGCUAGUGCCAGAUCAUGGCACCCUAAAGUCUCACUAAUAAAUUAGCAAAAG